GAAAAAGAAAAAAAUGUCAUUAGAAGAGGCGUAACACGUCAGUCCGUCCCCAGGUUUGUGUUUCCUGGAGUGGCCGAAAGAGAUCAGUUCUAACCUGCUCUGCAGGAAUAACGGUCCUGCCUCCCGACACUCUUGGCGAGGUUUUUGUACAGUUUGCUCCGGGAGCUGUUUCUUCGCUUCCACCUUUUUCUCCCCCACACUUCGCGGCUUCUUCAUGCUUUUUCUUCUCACCAUUUCUGGCCAAAACUACAAACAAGACUUCGCAGAUCGAGCCUGCGUGCUGCCGAAGCAGGGCGCCGAGUCCAUGCGAACUGCCAUCUGAUCCGCUCUUAUCAAUGAAGCAGCCGAUCAUGGCGGAUGGCCCCCGGUGCAAGAGGCGCAAACAAGCCAAUCCCAGGAGGAAAAACGUGGUGAACUAUGACAAUGUAGUGGACACAGGUUCUGAAACAGAUGAGGAAGACAAGCUUCAUAUUGCUGAGGAUGACGGUAUUGCCAACCCUCUGGACCAGGAGACGAGUCCAGCUAGUGUGCCCAACCAUGAGUCCUCCCCACUCGUGAGCCAAGCUCUGUUGCCAAGAGAGGAAGAGGAAGAUGAAAUAAGGGAGGGUGGAGUGGAACACCCCUGGCACAACAACGAGAUUCUACAAGCCUCUGUAGAUGGUCCAGAAGAAAUGAAGGAAGACUAUGACACUAUGGGGCCAGAAGCCACGAUCCAGACCACAAUUAACAAUGGUACAGUGAAGAAUGCAAAUUGCACAUCAGAUUUUGAGGAAUACUUUGCCAAAAGAAAACUGGAGGAACGCGAUGGUCAUGCAGUCAGCAUCGAGGAGUACCUUCAGCGCAGUGACACAGCCAUUAUUUACCCAGAAGCCCCUGAGGAGCUGUCUCGCCUUGGCACGCCAGAGGCCAAUGGGCAAGAAGAAAAUGACCUGCCACCUGGAACUCCAGAUGCUUUUGCCCAACUGCUGACCUGCCCCUACUGCGACCGGGGCUACAAGCGCUUGACAUCACUGAAGGAGCACAUCAAGUACCGCCACGAGAAGAAUGAAGAGAACUUUUCCUGCCCUCUCUGUAGCUACACGUUUGCCUACCGCACCCAGCUCGAGCGGCAUAUGGUGACGCACAAGCCAGGGACAGAUCAGCACCAAAUGCUAACCCAAGGAGCAGGUAAUCGCAAGUUCAAAUGCACAGAGUGUGGCAAGGCCUUCAAAUAUAAACACCAUCUGAAAGAACACCUGCGAAUUCACAGUGGUGAAAAACCUUACGAGUGCCCAAACUGCAAGAAACGUUUCUCCCAUUCUGGUUCCUACAGUUCGCACAUCAGCAGCAAGAAAUGUAUUGGUUUAAUCUCUGUAAAUGGCCGAAUGAGAAACAAUAUCAAGACGGGUUCUUCCCCUAAUUCUGUUUCUUCUUCUCCUACUAAUUCAGCCAUUACCCAGUUAAGAAACAAGUUGGAGAAUGGAAAACCACUUAGUAUGUCUGAACAGACAGGCUUACUUAAAAUUAAAACAGAACCACUAGACUUCAAUGACUAUAAAGUUCUUAUGGCUACACACGGGUUUAGUGGCACUAGUCCCUUUAUGAAUGGUGGACUUGGAGCCACCAGCCCUUUGGGAGUUCAUCCAUCUGCUCAGAGUCCAAUGCAGCACUUAGGUGUAGGGAUGGAAGCCCCUUUACUUGGGUUUCCCACCAUGAAUAGUAAUUUAAGUGAGGUACAAAAGGUUCUACAGAUUGUGGACAAUACUGUUUCCAGGCAAAAAAUGGACUGCAAGGCUGAAGAAAUUUCAAAGUUGAAAGGUUAUCACAUGAAGGAUCCAUGCUCUCAACCUGAGGAACAAGGAGUUACUUCUCCUAAUAUUCCGCCUGUCGGUCUUCCGGUAGUGAGUCAUAAUGGUGCCACUAAAAGUAUUAUUGACUAUACGUUAGAAAAAGUCAAUGAAGCCAAAGCUUGCCUCCAGAGCUUGACUACUGACUCAAGGAGACAGAUCAGUAAUAUAAAGAAAGAGAAGCUACGUACUUUAAUAGAUUUGGUCACCGAUGACAAAAUGAUUGAGAACCACAACAUAUCCACUCCAUUUUCAUGCCAGUUCUGUAAAGAAAGUUUUCCUGGCCCCAUCCCUUUGCAUCAGCAUGAACGUUACCUUUGUAAGAUGAAUGAAGAGAUCAAGGCGGUCCUGCAGCCUCAUGAAAACAUAGUCCCCAACAAAGCCGGAGUUUUUGUUGAUAAUAAAGCCCUCCUCUUGUCAUCUGUACUUUCUGAGAAAGGAAUGACAAGCCCCAUCAACCCAUACAAGGACCACAUGUCUGUACUCAAAGCAUACUAUGCUAUGAACAUGGAGCCCAACUCCGAUGAACUGCUGAAAAUUUCCAUUGCUGUGGGCCUUCCUCAGGAAUUUGUGAAGGAAUGGUUUGAACAACGAAAAGUCUACCAGUACUCAAAUUCCAGGUCCCCAUCCCUGGAAAGAAGCUCCAAGCCGUUAGCUCCCAACAGUAACCCUCC